AUGGCAAAUCCUGUUGUUAUAAACAGACACUUUUUGACUUUGGGAAACCUUUUGAAAAGUGAGAAUUUAAUGGACAAGCCUGGAACAAUAUUUAAUGUAGAUGAAUCGGGGAUGAAUUUAGAGUUGAGGAAGGGAAAGGUUGUCAUUGAUCGAAGCCAGAAGCAUGCGUAUUCGCAAGGUGAAGGGUCGCGGGAACACGUCACUGUUAAUUGCUGUGUUUCUCCAGGCAGACUGAUGGUUCCACCUUUCAUUAUUUAUGAGAAGUCUUUUCCAAGCGGAAACUACUCUGCCAAUGGCCCCACUGAUGCUCUAUAUGGCAAAUCCAACAAUGGAUAUAUGGACGAAGACCCGUUCUUCAAGUGGUUUACUCGUUUAUUUGUUCCAAAAACUAAACACGUGGGGAAAAGAAUCUUGAUAAUUGAUGGCCACGGAUCCCACAUCAACCUCAAUUUGAUAGAUGCUGCUAGGGAGAACCAAGUUAUCUUGUAUUGCCUCCCCCCUCACACAACUCAUGUGCUUCAGCCAUUGGAUGUUGGAUUGUAUAGUCCACUCAAGACAUACUUCAGCAGAAUUACUGACAAGAUUCAGAUUGCAAGCUGGCGUACGAGGAAACCUUUAGCUACGCUCGCAUCCUUUCAUCAUUUCGGUCAUGUGGCAUAUACCCAUUCAACCCACUGGCCAUAA